CCUAUCGCUUCUUUGCACUUCUUGUUCUUGCAGCUUACGUUGCACGGAGGAUGGUGUUCCGGGAUAGAUCUGGAGCAUUUAAUUAUGCUUCCACGAGGCUGCUCUGCCUGGUCGUCAUUUUUUAACAGCAGCUGGAUCGUCCGGAAAGUUUGUAGCUUUCCGCGAACUAGAUCAUCUUCAUGGAACCACAACCAGCGAUAAUGCCGUACUUGAAUUCUGAAAGUCGUGCCACUCUCCUCCUUCCCCUUUUACAAUCACUACCUUGUAUCUCUAUUAUAAUAAUGAUUAUUUAACUUGACGAUGUUGACUCGGUGCCUUUUGUCCCGUGAACGGCGCGUGUUGGCCUCUACUGCGACGCGAAAACGAGUCAAAUCAAAAUAUACCUUUCCAUGAAACUUGUUUUCAUUUUUAUUGUUUUUUUCAUCUGUGAAUGCCCUUGCUAUGGAAGUAUGAGCGUACGAUAGCAUAAACAUGAGAAUGACAGCAACUACUCCUGCUGCUCCAGUAGCGGCAAGAAAAACCAGCGGCGCCCCCACUCCAUCUCGUCCACCUCCAGUGUCUACAACAAGGAAAACGACAGGAGUUCCUCCGACCCUGUUCACCCUCGGGCACAGUACCCGCAGCGUAUCCGAGCUGGUCGAAUUGUUGAAGGCGAACGACAUUGGGUAUCUGAUUGAUAUCCGUGCCAGCCCGUUCUCUCGGAAAAAUCCCCACUUCGACAAAACCUCCGAACUCUUGCAACAAGAGCUAAACCGAAACCAAAUCCAGUACGAGCACUGCCCGGAGCUCGGCGGCGCGCCUGCCGGGAGCGAACCAGGGCGGGGGAUCUUUUGGAACCUCAGGCAGGAACGCGGACAGCGAAAGCUGCAAGAAAUUGUGGAUAGAGUGAUCAAGAAUAAUUGUGUUGAAGAUUAUGAUACAAAGGAAGGAGUCCGAGUCGCGCCGCCCGCUGGUAGUACAAGUACUAGUUCCACGACGGCUGCAGGCACAACUAUAGCUCAUCCGACUUCUUCCGGGAGCAAGAACACGGCCAUCAUGUGUGCCUGUUUUGUUUGGAACGAGUGCCACCGGCAGGUGAUUUCGCAAAGACUCGCGGAGCGAAACGUAACCGUGAAGCACCUGACGGAAGUGGGAAAGCAACCCAUUCCCCACCCGACAAGGAUGUUAUUCGAGCGGGCGUUGGUCGAGUCGCAGGGGGGGCUGGACCCGGAUGACUAUCGGGAGCAAAUGAUUUGCUUCCCGGUGGUGGAUUUUAAUAGCAGUUUUGGUUCCCAGAUAAAUGGAAUGUUGAGCGGGAACUUUCUACUCCCUCAGGAAGUAGACGAAGAACCUGUUGGAACGAAAAAGAAAACAAGAUGGAAGAAAACAUGACAGAAACUAGGAAAAAUGAUCAAAGACGAUGAUUCAAGAAAACAAAAGCGAAAUAU